AAGCAAAGUAUUUCCAUUUCUCUCUCUAGAUUUGUAAACGAUGGCACCAAAGGCAGCAGAGAAGAAACCAGCCGAGAAGAAGCCAGCUUCCGAGAAGGCGCCAGCCGAGAAGAAGCCGAAAGCCGGGAAGAAGCUUCCAAAGGAGGCCGGAGGCGCUGGAGCCGACAAGAAGAAGAAGAGGUCAAAGAAGAGCGUUGAAACCUACAAGAUCUACAUCUUCAAGGUUCUGAAGCAAGUGCACCCAGACAUUGGUAUAUCUAGCAAGGCUAUGGGUAUAAUGAACAGUUUUAUUAAUGAUAUUUUCGAGAAGCUUGCUCAGGAAUCUUCUAGAUUGGCUAGGUAUAAUAAGAAACCGACUAUUACUUCUAGGGAAAUUCAGACUGCUGUGAGGUUGGUGCUUCCUGGUGAAUUGGCUAAACAUGCUGUUUCUGAGGGUACUAAGGCUGUUACUAAGUUUACUAGCUCUUAAAUUCGAUUUUUAGGGCUAGGGUUAGGGUUUCUUGAUGUAAAAAAAGAAAAGAAAUGUCCUGUUUAGGGUUUAUGUUUGAAAUUUAUGGCAAUGUAAUGGACAACUAUUCAGUCAAUGAAGAAUUUUCAGUUUCUACGUUAAA